CUGGGGAGCUGGUGAGGAGGGCAAAACCCGUAUAGUGGCAGGGAGCAGGGUGCCUCGCCUUUUCUCCAGGCAGGGAAUCCGCCUCUCCACCCUCCCCAUCCCUUCUUGAACGAAGCAGCAGCUUAAACCCCUCCUCUCCUCUCCUCUCCUCCCCUCCUGCCACCUUUCCCUCUGCUGCUCAUUCAGAACAGAUGAUGCUCCCCAUCACACGCAGUGUGCUCCCCUCCCUCCCCGCUGCCCCAGUCCUUCGCAAAGCUUAACACCACCAGGAAUUCGUUUCUACACGAAGAAGGAGAGGCAGGCAUUUGACAGGCAAAAGUAGGACUGCAGCAGUGGAGGGUGAGGGUCUGGAGCACCCCGCGUCAGCUCUGGCAGAGCAGGGAAAUCAGGGAUACCCAGGGACAGAGAGGCGUGUGCAGUUAAAUCUUCUGUGCCACAUCGAUGUUUUCUAAUAGCAGGCAGAGGGAAGAAGGAAGGGGGCAGCCCAGGGAGCAGAAGACGACCGCAGCUCUCUGGUGAUGGCAUGGAUCGGACACUUUUGCAGCCGUUAUUCCACCUACCUCUCAACCCUGUCACCGUCCGGUACCCCCGGAGUGCCGAGGCACGAGACUGAUGCAGAGCCACGCUUAGCCACAGCCCAACCAUGGCCGGAGAUUCUAGGAUCUUCAUGAACCAGGACAUGGACAUCGGAGUUACAUCCAGAGAGCCUAAGAAGAUUCCCAAACAGGCUCGGGAUGAUGUCCCUAUUGCCACGGACCGAACCCGCCUCAUAUCAGCAGAAGGUAAGAAGCCACGUCAGCGUUACAUGGAGAAAAGUGGCAAGUGCAACGUGCACCAUGGAAACGUCCAAGAAACCUAUCGAUACCUUAGUGACCUCUUCACUACGCUCGUGGACCUCAAGUGGCGAUUUAAUCUUCUUGUCUUCACUAUGGUCUAUACCAUCACUUGGUUGUUUUUUGGGUUCAUAUGGUGGCUCAUUGCCUAUAUCCGGGGCGAUCUGGAUCAUCUUGAAGAUGACAACUGGAUCCCCUGUGUUGAAAAUCUCAGUGGAUUUGUUUCUGCGUUCCUGUUUUCCAUCGAGACUGAGACAACAAUUGGGUAUGGCUAUAGGGUCAUAACAGAAAAGUGCCCAGAGGGCAUCAUCCUGCUCCUGAUCCAGGCCAUUCUGGGCUCCAUUGUCAAUGCAUUCAUGGUGGGAUGCAUGUUUGUCAAGAUCAGCCAACCAAAGAAGAGGGCUGAAACCCUCAUGUUUUCUAACAAUGCAGUGAUUUCCAUGAGGGAUGAGAAGCUCUGUCUCAUGUUCCGGGUUGGAGACCUCCGCAAUUCCCACAUUGUCGAGGCUUCCAUUAGAGCCAAACUGAUUAAGUCCAAACAGACCAAAGAAGGAGAGUUUAUUCCUUUGAACCAAACGGACAUCAACGUGGGAUUUGACACUGGAGACGACAGGUUGUUCCUGGUGUCACCACUUAUCAUCUCACAUGAAAUCAAUGAGAAAAGCCCCUUCUGGGAGAUGUCACGCACCCAGCUGGAGAAGGAAGAGUUUGAAAUUGUGGUCAUAUUGGAAGGAAUGGUGGAAGCAACAGGGAUGACUUGCCAGGCUCGCAGCUCCUACAUGGACACCGAGGUGCUGUGGGGACAUCGUUUCACUCCUGUCCUCACCCUAGAGAAGGAUUUUUAUGAGGUCGACUAUAACAGCUUCCAUAGCACUUAUGAAACCAACACCCCAGUGUGCUGUGCCAAAGAGCUCGCCGAGUCCCGCCGCGAAGGGCAGCUCCUCAGCCACCUCUCCGGUGCCACCGUCCUGAGCGGAGGCAGAGAAGCAGAGACAGUGAAAGGGGAAGAAGAAGAAGAGGAGGAAGAAGGCAGGGAGCCAGCGGGAUUGAAUGGAGCCAACGGGACAGCGGGAGAGGUGAAAGAAGAUUUGCCUGUAUAACACAUAAACUGUGGGACAGUAGAUACUCACACACACUGGGAGAUCGUGGCCUGGCAAGUCAGGAAUUGACUGGGAGUCAGAGAGCUGAGAUAUCCAUCCAGAUCUCUGCUGCCUGCUGCUUGAUCCUGGCAAGUCACUGCACAGCACUGUGCCUCAGUUUCCCUCCCCUUUUAUCUGUACAGUGAGAUUCAGAGCUUUGCACUCGUUGGCAAAGCAUUUUGAUCUCCAUGGACAAGGGUCACUAGAUAUGAUCACUGUUAAAAUUCCCACCACGGGUUGUUUCAAAAAGUGUUCACUGAUUUCAGAACUCUUCCCCCUGAGAGGGUAUUAAAAAGUAAAAGUGCAGAAUGUCCCAUCUCAGUAUGAAGAAUGUGGUUUCAUACCUUCAUUUAAUUUGUGAGUCAAUGUAUUGUAGACAUUGUUACUGCUAAAUUAAAAGAAGAGGAAAAAAACUCUCUGGUAUGUAGCAAAGUGGUCUACCACCAUUAAUUUUACAAAUAGAUUUUAGUGUUUUCCUCCAGGAUCACAGUCAUUGUGAUUUAUUUCAUAUGAAACAUCUGAUAUCAACAGGACAACUUUCACUGGAAAUCAUUGACGUGCUUAUCCAAUGUUUUUUACUGUCUUCUCAAACUGAAGUUUUCUCUUUGUGGAAUAUCUGACACGUUUCAUAGGCUCUCCAUGGUCAGAGAAAGCUUAGAUCUUGAUCCAGUAAAGGUUUCUUUCUGGCCUGGAUGUCCCAGUUUCAGUUCUGGUUCAUGAUUUAAAAGAGAGUAAGUAGCCAUCUGGGAGUCUGAAAUGUUCUGGAAUUUCAGACAGAGUCCCUGGAGUAGGCAGAUGGGGUAGGUAUCAGUUUGCAACAUUCUCUGCUCUUCUGUAAAGUACAUUUUUCAAAUAAAGGUUUAUAUGCUGAUGUUCCUGUAGCUAAUGGGAAUGUGCACUGACAUAACUGGAGCCAUCUGGCCAGGCUGGUGCAAGCACGUUGGAUGGUGUCCAAAAUCAGGAUCAAUUCCCCACUUCUGUCAGUAGUAAGCGGUAACAUAGAAUCAUAGAUUCAUAGAAUGGUUUGGGUUGGAAGGGACCUCAAAGCCCAUCCAGUCCCACACCCUGCCGUGGGCAGGGACACCUCCCACUGGAUCAGGGGCUCCAAGCCCCAUCCAACCUGGCCUGGAACACCUCCACAUCUCUGGGAGUCUAGUGCUAACCUGUCAGUAACCUUGAGUGCUUUAGGCGUGCUUUGUCCUGCACCUCAGCUACGGUUGCUGUUCCUGUGAAGCACUAAACCGAGUUAACGAUCCUGGUCUUCACAAAAAGUUGGGCACAGAACCACGCUUCCCCAAAGAGGAGUGUGAAGACCAGAAAAGGUGAGGAAAACCAGUCUGAGAGAUGAAAAAUUGCCACGAAUUUGAACAACAUAGAAAAAAAAUGGCAUUGCCAGGGAAAAUCUCUCCCGUUACCCCCCAAAUUUUGGUGGAAAAAUAAGAAACCUGCAGAAUGACUGCUUUAUGAAAAUAGAAUGAAGAAUAUAUAAUAUGAAGGAGUUAUUUUCCUUAUCAGAAGGACUGGAUAUAUAUCUGCAGAAUAAAUAUACAUUGCAGUAGGGAUGGACUGAGCUUAAAUAUGGGUUUACCUCUUCAUAUGAAAACAAAGACAAGGUAAAUUGAAAAUAGAAAGCAAUGGUCUUAUUGACAUGUGUAUAAAGAGAAUACUAUCUUCAGGGGUCAGAGAUAUUAUUUAAUUGGAGACCUAAUGCUAUAAUGUAGAUAAAAAUUGUAUUUCUUUCUGAGGGAAGUGGUAGACUGAACAUGACAGGACUCUGUUGUACUUAAUACCAUUUUAAGAGCCAGGAGUCAGCUUGGCCUCCAGGAUAUAGGAAUUACCAUUAUAUUAUACACUAAAUUUCAAAGUGAAGUAACUCCAUUUGAAAUGCUCGUCAGUUCUAGAAAGCAUCUUGCAGUCUCAGAGUCAGCAGUGUUUUUCAGAAAGGUCUCAUUUUAGUUUUUCUACUCAGCAUCCUUUUUCCAUAUUCAGCCUCAGAGGAACAGAGGGAGAAAAUUGGGAGAGCUUCCUUAGAAGGGUUUGUUCUUUUUCUGAGACCCCCACUUCUCAGCCUACCUCUGAAAAAUAAUUGUGUGUCAAAACUGGUUUUCAGGCUUUUUCUGUUCUGUAGCCGCAGUGAACUCCUAAUGUAGGGGAUCAUAACGGAAAGUAAAACUGCAACUGCUCCGUGCAAGGCAGAGGCAAAUUCAGCCCCUCAGAGAGAUUUUAUGUAAGCUCUACGCAAUGAGCUGACUUGUCCAGCUCGAUUCAAAGUGAAAGAGGAUUUGCUGAGUCCUUAUGGGGUGCCAGAGACAGAGAGCUUGGAAAAUGGCACUAGAUUGCCUCUGCACAAUUCUUUCUCUUCGUGGCUUUUACCUUCCAGCGAGAAGCCAGACAUCUUCAGAUGCUUAAGUUAUUGCAUCUGCUCAUUGCCCUUGAGAUUUCAGCACACAAACUGCUCUCUCCUAACACUGUCAAGUCUAAGAAGCCACAUAUCCUAUAUGUCAGGAAUCUUUGUUGUCGCACAUUAGGUAUUGCUGGCAGAAUAAAUGCUGAAUUGUGCGUAGUGGAGCCGCUGCACAUCUAAUAGAGUGCUUGGGCAGCAAGACAAGAAGGGUGUUUUUCCCCUCCUCUAAUACAAUGCAUGGGGAGCAAGACAAGAAGGGUGUUUCUCCCCUCCUAAGCAAGCAGCUGUGUACUCUGUUGGCUUCAUGGACCAUUUCUGUGUUUGAAAUCUGCAAAUAUGCGUAAGAACCUUGUUGAAUCGAUGCUUCAAACAGCACCGGUGUAAGCAGUAGCGAAAGAACUUCCCUGGUUUCUGUAGAACAGGAGAAACAUCCUCCUGUAUUUUUAAUAAGCUGAGCACACCUGGAGGGCGAUAUCCUCCAGAGCUGAACGCACCUUGUAUUUGCUAUAUUAAAAGUGGAGAAUCAGACUUUCAAGUUGUGUAACAUAGCAACCAGUUAUGAGGGUUUUGGUAACGCCAUCAAGCCGUGCCCUUUCUAAAGCAUAUCAGGCAGGCCCCUGUCCUGUGUUGUCCUUUUUCUGAAACGUAUCCCAAAGAACCAUGUAAUUUAGUGAGCGUAUUAAGCUUUUCUGAAGGUAAAGGAGAGAACCCCUUCCUCUUCUGGAAUUGUCAUCUCUGAAAACCGCGUCAGCUUCCCUGCCGCUCCGCAAGCAUGUGCAGGACAAUAACCCAUGGGAAUAACAGCAUAAUAGAUCCUUUCUUUGAUGUAUGAAUAAACAUUUAAAUACAAUUCUGCAUCUCUUAUGUGAGUUGAAAUAUCUCUCAUAGAUGUGUCCACCCACAUAAAUAUCCAAUAUACACUAUACACUCAUCAGCCUCUGUGCGUUCAAAAAUAUUAACUACUGCUCCACAAGAAGCAUUAAUAGCCUGUAAACACACUGUUCAUCCACAAAUAGCCAUUCACAUUAACAUAAUGUAGCCAGAAAACAAGAUAAAAAUACAUUUUCAAAACAUUGAGUAAUUUUGUCUACCUUAAAAAUGUAUCAGUGAUAAGCAAAAUUCACAGCAGUAUCAUAGAAUUAUAGAAUCAUGGAAUGUUUUGAGUGGAAGAAAGCUCAAAGCCCAUCCAGUUCCACCCCAUGCCAUGUGCAGGGACACCUCCCACUGGAUCAGGGGCUCCAAGCCCCAUCCAACCUGGCCUGGAACCCCUCCAGGGAUGGGGCAGCCACCACUGCUCUGGGCAACCUGGGCCAGGGCCUCCCCACCCUCACAGCAAAACGUUUCUUCC